CUCCAUUUCCUCCAUUAUUUUGUUUGGUAGAUAGACAGUACAACUUUCAACUUAUACUUGGGUUAUUAUCAUUUGAUCCUCUAUAUUCUUCGGUGCCACAAUUCCCAAAAUACUAAUUCAACUCGAAUGUUAACAAGGCUACAACAAUCAUGUUGAUAUUCCCUUCUUGACAUUCCACUAACUACACUCUACACCACCUCUACGUAUCUUAAUAUAAUAUAUAAUUCGAAUUCGAAUUCGAAUUCCGGCACAAUUAAGCCACGAUGGAAUUCGUCACUGCCCUUCGGGGCACAUUCGACGAUCAGAAGCCCUCACUAUUCGAGCUUCUCUCCGAACAACAGCUAAACUCGCUUCUACCUCCAACAAUACGAUACCUUCUCACCGUUGCCACGCACCGUUAUCCCCGUUAUCUGCUACGUGCCCUGAACUCCUUCGAUGAACUCUACGCCCUUUCCAUGCUCGUCAUCGAGCGCCAUUACCUGCGAACCCGAGGUGGCAGCUUCACGGAGCACUUCUACGGCCUAAAGCGAGAAAAGGCAUUGCAAGCCGAGAUCCCACGCGCUGCCACCCUCACUCCCGAACUCGUCCGGGAGACCCUCAAGCUCACGCCGACGGACAUCUGGAAGAACCUGGCCGUGAUGGUCGGGCUGCCGUACCUGAAGCGGAAGCUGGACGAGGCCCACGAGAUCGAGGCCCCACGCGCCCUGCUCGGCGCCAAUUACACGCGUAUGCCCGCCAACCCGACCCUCAAGCAGCGGUUCGUGCACUACUUCAAGUGGUUCAUCCGCAACGUAUACCCCAGCGUGCACGCCGCCUACUACUUUAGCAUCAUCGCCUUCAACCUCGCCUACCUCUUCGACAACACCAAGUACCACAACCCCUUCAUGUGGCUCAUCGGCACCCGCAUACGCAGGAUGACCAAGACCGACUUCCACGCCCUCGAGGCCCUCCGCAAGGCGAAGCCCGGGAGCCCGCCCCUGACAUUCGCCGGCCUGUUCAACCCGUGGACUAUGGGUCCCAAGCUGCUGGGCAGCUUGUCGGUUCUAUUGCCGACGAGUAUCUUCGCGCUCAAGUUCCUCGAGUGGUGGUAUGCGUCCGACUUCGCGAAGCAGCUGUCGAGGAAGGCGGCCGAAAACCUCGAACUGCCGCCACCGGUAGUGUCUGGGUUAUCUACCUUGGGCAUCAAAGUAGCGCCGAAGAAGGGGGCAGAAGCACAAGACCAAGGCGAGAAGAAUAAAGACGAUAACAACAAAAAGGGAGAAGGAGAGGAGGAGCAGAACAAAGUCCCCGUAGCGGACGACGCGCCGAUCGCUACGCCGACGAUGCUGCCCAUCUUCACGGUGCCGGCGUCGGAGAACUCGGAGCUGUGCCCGAUCUGCGACGACGAGAUACAGACGCCGACAGCGUGCCAGACGGGCGUCGUCUACUGCUACACCUGCAUCCACAAGUGGCUCGAGGGCAACCACCCGCGGCAGGAGGAGUUCAUGGCCACGCAGGCCGGCAAGUGGGAGAGCGGCGCUGGCAGGUGUGCUGUCACGGGGCGUCGUGUGCUCGGCGGCACGGAGGGCUUGAGAAGGAUCAUGAUUUAAUAUAUUUUAUUUUAUUUUUUAAUGGGUCGCUAUCAGAGGUUCUUAGAUUAAAAGGGUCUGUCUGGGUUUAUCAUCGUGCAGAUUGAU